AGCACUUCCGGGUCGGCGCGGAGGCGGGGCGGAGGCGCCGCGGCUGUUAUUGUUCCGAAGGGCUGGGCCGCUGGGAUCCGCGCUCGGCGCUGUCAGUUCGUCCCGCUGCCCCUCGGCCCUUGCUGCUGGCUCUCACGGCGGCCGACGGCGGGCGGGGCCCGGGUUCGCGGCCGAGCGGCGCCGGUAAGGGCGCGGAGGAGGCGCACAGCGGGAGGAGGAGCCGUGAGCCUGGCACGAAGCGGCCGCGGCCAUGGCGUACGCCUAUCUCUUCAAGUACAUCAUCAUCGGCGACACAGGUGUUGGUAAAUCAUGCUUAUUGCUACAGUUUACAGACAAGAGGUUUCAGCCGGUGCAUGACCUCACAAUUGGUGUAGAGUUUGGUGCUCGAAUGAUAACAAUUGAUGGGAAACAGAUAAAACUCCAGAUCUGGGAUACAGCGGGGCAGGAGUCCUUUCGCUCUAUCACAAGGUCCUAUUACAGAGGUGCGGCGGGGGCUUUACUAGUGUAUGAUAUUACAAGGAGAGACACAUUCAACCACUUGACAACCUGGUUAGAAGAUGCCCGUCAGCAUUCCAAUUCCAACAUGGUCAUCAUGCUUAUUGGAAAUAAAAGUGACUUAGAAUCUAGGAGAGAAGUGAAAAAAGAAGAAGGUGAAGCUUUUGCACGAGAGCAUGGACUUAUCUUCAUGGAAACUUCUGCCAAGACUGCUUCCAAUGUAGAGGAGGCAUUUAUUAACACAGCAAAAGAAAUUUAUGAAAAAAUCCAAGAAGGGGUCUUUGACAUUAAUAAUGAGGCAAAUGGCAUUAAAAUUGGCCCUCAGCAUGCUGCUACCAAUGCAACGCACGCAGGCAACCAAGGAGGACAGCAAGCAGGGGGAGGCUGCUGCUGAGUCUGUUGUCACCGGCUAGCCGCCCAGUGGAGCCAAGCACUCUGUCACCCUCUUUCCUCAUGCUCAGCUGAGACAUGAAACUAUUGAAAUGGCUUUAUGUCACAGGAGACUUUAAUCCUUCAGAUUCUUGUAUAACUUUGAAUAAAUGGUUAAUGUUCACUUAAAAAGACAGAUUUUGGAGAUUGUAUUCAUAUCAAUUUGCAUUUGAUUUCUAGGUCAAUUGAUGUGAUUAUUUUUGUUAAAUGUUGUCUUGUGCCCUUAACUACGAGCUGAAUUGUAUUAAACACUACAAAGUCCUGGUGAGUAUUUUAAAUCAGUUUGUGUAGUUAGGUUUCCCAACACCUGUGGUUACCUAAUGUUUAAUAUUAUAGGACUGUCCUCAAAAGGUUUGUCAAUUUUCAAGGAUGUAAGGAAAAACAGAAGAACUCUUUGAAUUCUGUAUUUAUCAUUUGCUUUCUGUAUAUAUAGUUUAACAACCUGCUUGGGUGUGAUUCGCCAGGCGUGAACAUUUGCAUUUGAAGCAUUUGCAUACAUUCUAUACUGUUCAGAGCUUGAAGCUACAGAAGCGUUGUUAGGAAUUGCUUGGACACUGACUCUUAAGCUUUUUGACAUCGUUAAUGAGCAUGUUCAUCUUUUCUUGUCACUAGUCCAAGAAAAAUAUGCGUACUGUGUAUCACUAAAGGCUGUGUCUGUGUUAACCUGUUUCAAUGCCAAAAGUUUGCUCUUUGUCCACAACUUCUUGAGACCGCUUCACAGAAGAAUUUGUUCGCCUUAAUGGAUGCUGUUGGGUGAAAACACAGUGUAAUGGUGGGAAGGGCAGAAGCAGAAACCCCCACACUAAGCGACUCUGAGAGUGAGCACCACAUCGAGAGGGCACGCCAUGCCCCCUUAACCUUCCCUUAGACACAAUAAUGUUCCCUUUUAGUCACACAAUUUCCAAGUAUAUUUUCAUGCAGGACAGUUUGUCGACCUUGAUGUACAGUGACUGUGUAAAAUUUUUCCUUCAGUGGCGACCUAUCUAUAAUCUUUGAAAUAUGGUAAGCUUGCUGUCUGUUUUGAGGGGGAUAUGAAAAUAAACCUACCAGAUGAAAAAUCCUGUUAAAAGUAGAAAAGCUUUAGUCGUUUACUCACUGUGGUGGUUUUAUCCUUUCUUUUUCUCCCUUGGUCUAGAAUGAAAUUGUUACAGCAGUGCAAAAUAAAAUCCUAUGUAUAAAAGUG